AUGGAGAAGAACAGCGACAGGAAGGCCGAGGAGUAUCCGCGCCAGUCGUCGAUUCUUGGAACGCCUUGUAGCGUGCGGGGGCCUGACGCCACGGUACGGCGAGGACAUUUGCUGGAGGUUCGCUACCUAUGGACACCGGCUUUUCUUCAUGUCGACACUCACGCCCCGCUGGUUACACCGCCGCUAUACGGUUUUGUGCGUCUGAAGGAUUUGAAUCACCGCCUGAGUGGGUGGUUCUCUCUGGAAGACAUUGGGCUGAAGGAGGCCAAAGGCGGCGGCGGCGGUGGCAACGCAGCUGCGGGAACCGUUUCCCCGCCGCCAUGCGGGUCUACUCGCAUUCAUGGCCCUAUUUUAAAUUCGGUGUAUAGGGAGGUGACGCUGGGAAUGAUUCGAACACGCCGUGAGGAGAAGCUACUGGAUUUUUUUGAGGAACGUCUUCUUCGUGACUGCCGCACACCGACAACAAUUCGAUACUUUGUGUACUUAUGCAAGUUUGUUUUUGCCCCCUGGUAUUAUGCGCCCUACGGUAUUUUUCAUAGAGAGUAUGAUCCGUUGGCACCAAUAUCUAUGGCCGACCAGGAGCGACAAGGGCUCCGGUUGUCGGAGGAAACGGGAGGAAUUAACCCUUUUAUUCGCGACGCAUACUUGUGUCCAUUUUCCCUCCGUAUUUACAGUACCUUGGAACAGAUGCAGCACGAGACAAGGUGCUACCGCGCGGGCCGAUUAAGACCACCAGGCCAAGAGAUUUACCGCGAUGAAUCACGCGGGUUUUCGAUGUUUGAGGUGAACGGUAGUCAAAAGGUGACAUACUGCCGCCACUUAUUCCUUCUUGGCAAGUCUUUUCUGGAGAAUAAGUUGGCAGGGCACGAUGUGCACAACUACUUUUUCUACGUUGUUUGUCUUCACCAUCGACACUUUCCACAAUACACAGACGACCCGUCGGCGAUGUACUUUGUUGGCUACUUCACGUGGGAGAAACAGGUGGCGGACAACAACUUGGCUUGCAUUGUCACCUUACCGUGCUUUGCAGGCGGUGCAACGCAGCAGAAAGAUAGCGGCGGCAGUAACGGACGGCCGCAACUGGGGCAUUUUGGGCAGUUCAUGAUAGCCGCAAGUUACGAACUCGCAUACCGUAGGAAACAUGUCGGAUCUCCGGAAAGGCCACUGUCGGAUUUGGGCGCCUCCGCGUAUGACCGUUACUGGCGCCGUGUUCUCGUGGCGUGGAUGCACACACUCGUGACGGAAUCCACGACUGCCGUUGAAGUGAGCGAUGGUGACAGCACCGACGAUCAAAGCGUCAUUGUGGAGGCGACGACACCGGCGAAAGGCCGCAGGUCGAAACGCUCACGCGCCGGCAGCUCCGAUCGGAACAGCGAAGCCGACGACGACGUCGAUGUGCGGGCCGCACAGACGGAGACGCUGAAGGUCACAAGCGUGCGCGGCAUUGCGCAGCAGGUGCGGCUGGAGGAGCCGGAUGUGCUGCGGACGCUGCUGAACAUGGGAUUCCUGCACCUCAACGCCGAGGACCGCAGCCUCCGCCUUGUGAUACCCGUCCCGUUUGUGCGUCGUGAGUACGAAAGGGCGAGGGAGCAGGCGAAGGAUCAAACCCGCGCGGAGUUUGAGGCGUCGCUGCUGACAUCUUCUGGCGCCGCGGCGGUGAUGGCGUCGUCUCGGCAGCAGCAGAAGCAGCCGGGCGUUGCUCGUUAA